GAGUACGAAGUUAUGAGCUGUUCACAUUGCUGAUGGCUUAUAAUUGUAUAUCUAAAUACUGAACUGCUUGCAUGAGCAUAACGUUGCAUGUGUCUGUUGUUGUGAACAGGUUUCUUGUGUAUUUUCUUAUGUAUGACUCCAUUGACCUUCACCUCUAUAUUGUAUACCGUGUCUUCUAUCUAGUUACAGUAGUGGGUUUAAUCAGAUCAGCAUGGAGAGUAGGCAUUCUCUUUCUUUCCAAGCUACAAUCUUCCUGCCUAAAAUUUUCAACAUAUUCUUUUAUUUAUAGAGUGGUCUUUUGCAAAAUGAGAAGGUAAGAGAUGUACACAGCUCAGUAAACACCAUGUCAACAUUGUCCCCACCAACGUCCUCAGUCACUGAAAACAAAAAAACGGUGCAAAUGUUUGUACAGGUGCAAAAUUUGUGCUGCAGGAUUUGCCUUUCACACAACCUGUCCCCAAAGCCUUUGACUGCUCAAAUGACUUACAUAUGUGUUAUAGCUGCUAUUUAUAGCUGCUAUUUAUAGCUUCAGUGCCCCUAACAUGACUGUUUUGACAUGUAGACAGGUAUAGAGUGGCAGGUUCUUUGCAAAAUACGACGACUACAAAGGAGCGCCACAGUGGGUGAAAGAUAAUUUGUUUUCCAACAUGUAUAGUGAUAUAUAGAUAAAGUAAGGAUGUACAUGUGGAAAUAAUUUAGUUUUUUAAUGCUUUACAAAUUCAAAAAACUUUGAUGUGUGCAGAUAGUUUAUCGGUGACACAUAUAAUAUUUCAGUGAAAUCACUUAACGAUAUGUAGUGCAUUGAUUAUUAGGGCACACUUAGGUCCUAUUGAUGGAUGGACAGACAUUAUAAGACAUAAGGUGCAGUUUAAAAACAAAGAUACUAAGUUUAAAAGUACAUAGAAUAUAAAAUACAUACAAAUAUGAAAGCACAUUAGGUUAUUUUACUGUCAGACAUUUGUUUCUACAUUGUUUUCCCUCAUCUUCUCUCCUGCCUUUAAGAUUUUUAGAACUCUAAACAAUAGUGUGAGCUUAAAACGAAAGGCAAUAGAGGGUUAAUCUUUCUUAAGCAGAACUUCGGUCGGAACAGCUCGCUUCCUAUAACAUGUUGAUUUGAAUUACCAAUGUGGUGUUUUUUUAACAUAGUCAGAAUAAUGUAUAAUGUAGGUGAUUUGUAAUUGAUAGUUAAAGUAAUAAAAAAAGCACUUUACGAGAGGACUGCUUGGUGAGGCAAUGAUUCAGUUUGCUGGAUGAAAUUAUUUCAGAUUUACAUCCCUGAAAAUUUCUGUCGACACUAAUCGGAGAACGCACAGUGAGACUUCCAUCCUUCUUUCUCUGCUUCCAACAGACGAGAACUUCACUCUCAAACACGACAGAGCAUUCCUGUUGUCGAUGGCCAAUCGCGGGAAGGACACAAAUGGUUCCCAGUUUUUCAUGUGAGUAACGCUCAGUAAAGCAAUUCACUCUGCAACUUACCAUUUAAUUCAGUGCCAUUUGUAAUACAGCUCUGUCUUUGCCUUCUGCUCCUCCUGUUUUGAAACUGUAGAGUAGAAUUUUUCAUUAAGUGUGACGUCAGCAAUCCCCUCUCUGUGUGCAGUUAGAUUUCAAAGUGCAGAGAAACAUGGAUUCGUUCUUUUUCACCUACAAAUAUGUUACAUUUUUUCUCUUGCCGUUUUUGUGUAAAAUUUGCAGAAACUCUAGCAUCCUGCUCUUCCAAGCACAACCAAGAUGGCGCCGCACCUCGACGGAGUCCAUGUCGUCUUUGGUCUGGUCAUCUCCGGCUUCGAGGUGAUAAAGAAGAUUGAGGGGCUGAAGACUGAUUCAGCGAGCAGACCCUACGCUGACGUGCGCGUUGUGGACUGUGGUCAGCUGAUCACCAAGUCUGCAAAUGAUGUGCUUGAAGGCAAGAGGAAAAGAACUUCUCAUUCUGCCGACUCAUCCCUCAACUCCCGGGAUUCGUCAUCUCAAUUCUCCUCAUCGGUGGAAUCUGAAUGUGAAUUAGAUGAAAAGCAAAAACAUUGCAAACAAAAGAAACAUGCAAAGAGUAAACAGUCAAAGAAGAGAAGGAAGGAAUCAAAGAAGGAGGACACUGAUGUUCUGCUUCUCAAGCAAAACUCUGUGGAAAGACAGAUGCCGGAGGGAGAGAAAGAAGUGGAGGAAGAGAAAGAGCAUGGUGGAAAGAGAGAGAAGCCCGUUGUCCGACCAGAGGAAAUCCCGCCAGUGCCAGAGAAUCGCUUCCUGCUGCGACGGGACAUGCCGUCUCAGGAGGAUAAAACAGAGAUAGUCGAGAAAGAAGAAUCGUCUCUUUCAGCUGAACAGAAACCAGCAGUCUCUAAGUCUGGACGUAAGAUUAAAGGCAGAGGAACAAUGAGAUAUCACACUCCCACGAGAUCUAAAUCGCGCUCUGCAUCGGUGGAAGAACGUGGCAGCAGUGAAACCCCGCCACACUGGAAAGAAGAGAUGAAGAGAACCAAAGUUUAUCAACCACCCAGCAUGGAGAGAUGGAGCAAAGGAGACAAAUUGAAUGAACAUUCCUCAAGCAGAUGGGAUGACAGAGGUGACCCUGCCUGGUCCAUAUCUGCCUCUGCAGAGCACUCCUCAGACCGCAGCUCUGGGGGGUCCAGCCAGCGCCGCCAGCAGAAGAAAGAGAAGAAGAAAGCCAAACACAAGAAGAAGGCCAAGAAACGGAAACAUGGCAAGAAGAAGAGUUCCAAGAACAAACCUCAAGAGACUCCUCUGUCAGAAGGGGAAAAGUCAGCGUCUCCAGGAAAAAAGUCCAAGAGAUCCCGUUCUCCGACUCGUUCCACCUCAAGUAAAUGCCACUCGUCCGCUCGGAAGAGGCAGCGGUCCUCGCUGUCUUCCAGGGACUCGAGAUCCUACUCUAGAUCCUACAGAUCCAGUCGACCCAGAUCUCGGAGGGGGUCUUAUUCAAGAUCCAGAAGCCUCACUAGAUCUAGAAGUCGAUCCCUAUCCGGAUCUUCGUCCUAUUCGAGAUCCAGGUCAAGAUCAAGGUCCAGGUACAGAUCCAGGUCUCCGUCUUCAUCCCGAAAGAGGAGUUCAUCCAGAUCACCAAGAAAGAGGAAAGCCAACAAGUCCAAAUCAAAUACAGUUAUCCAUGUGACUGACAAGCUUCCUGAGAGCAAAGUCGCACCUGUCGUCCGAGUCCCAAUGCUUCCGGCUCCUGAAAAUCUACCUGUGAUCCCACUGAGCGACAGUCCUCCUCCCUCUCGCUGGAAGCCAGGUCAAAAGCCCUGGAAACCCUCCUAUGUCCAUAUUCAAGAAAUUAAAGCUAAAAUCAUCACCAAUACGACAGGACAAGCGGUUAAUGUUACAGAGAAACCUCAGACCUCAGUUACGACAAAGUCUCUGCCAGACACAGAAAGCGUCAAAGCAAACAAACCUGCUGGGCGCUCAUGCAGCAGGUCAACCAGGAGCAAGUCCUACAGCCGAUCUUACAGUCACUCCCGGAGCAGGUCCAGAUCUCCUCAUCAGUAUCACAGCAGGUCAUCGUCAUACAGCAGAUCAGACUCCGAAAACUCCCCAAAAGCAAACGGCAACAAGAAGAAUUCCUUAGACAAGGAAUGGGAAGAGUACUACAGCUCUUUGAGGAGGGUAAAAAAUCUAGACAACUUUAUCGCACUCUCCAAUCGUCAAGAUGCUCAUUCAGGAUCUGAGAACAGGACAGGCAGUGAGCACAGUCCUGAUAUCAGUGUCUCAAGGAGAAGUGGCUCUUUAGAGAAAAUAAAGGAGAAAAGCAGCUCUCAAGAUCAAGAGACAAAACCCUGCAGCUCAGUGCCAGUUGAGAGCUUUAAUAGCAGGUCUGAGUGGGACAGUGACAGUGAUAAAGUGAGCCAAAGCAACAGCCUCGCCGUGACAAAAAAGCAGAAACAAUCGGUUCCGUCCAGUGAGUCUCUCGACAAGAAGUUGUCUGAGCUCACUGGUUGGAAUUCAGAAAGCGAUUCUGAAAACGUGGCAGCCAAGACCUUAGCCAUAUCUGAAAAAGAGGAAGGGGAGGCAAGUUCAGAAUCGGACUACGACACCAUUAAAAAGACGUCAGAGGCGGUGAUCGCUUUGGAGCACAAGAUCGCUGCCAUCGCUGCUGGAUCCAGUUCGUCAUUGGGAAGUCUCGAGAAGGCCGCACAGCGGGAGCGGCACAAGAGCAAGAAGAAAUCCAAACGCAAACAUAAACGCAAGAGGAAACGUGAGAACAAGAGUGGCUCCCAUCGCAGUAAGGACAAAGGAAAGAGAUCCAAGAGGAAACAUCAGAAGCUGAAAGAGACUUUUCACUGGCAGCCACCGUUAGAAUUUGGAGAGGAAGAGGAUGAAGAUGAAUCCAAGAAGGAAAAACACAGUCCCAGUAGAGUUGGCAAAGAACGGCCUGGUGUAGAGAGAAUGAAUGAUAAGGACCAAAAUGUUGCCUCCUUGAACAAAAACUCCAGUAGAGAAGAGGACAGAGGGCAACAGAGGACGAGAGAAUGUAGUAAUAAAAACCCCAAACAAACCGAAACUGCUCAUCUGUCAUCCAAUAGGAAUAGUGCUAACAAUGCUAAUAGUGCUAAUAGUGCUCAUUUACCCAGUAUCAAAGAGCAGGAGUCGUUCGAUGAUAUGGACAUUUGUACUCCAGAGCACGACGCUGAAAAGGUAGAACCAGUUACACAUGAUUGUUUUGAUCGUACCCCUGAUUUAACCCUAAAAUCGACCUCACAGUCGUCAGAUAUGACAAAUACAGACAGAGCUUUACCUCACAGCAAAGAAAAGUCUGCUGUUACCUCCACAACAACAGCUGGUGGACUUCAGGAUGAAGCAGCCACUGGCACUGUGAUUAAUUUUAAAUGGAGGCCUUUGAAAGGAAUGUCAGCUGUGCAAAAUAUGAAUGUGCCACCUGUCGUUGUAAAAAACAUCCAAAGUCAACAGAAGCAGAAUCCCAACACGCAAGGAGUAAAAAUGGAGAUAAAAAGUAAAAGCCGGGUCCGACCGGGGUCUCUGUUUGACGAAGUGCGUAAGACGGCGCGGCUCAACCAGAGGCCGAGGAACCAGGAGAGCUCCAGCGAGGAAGGAUCCCCGUCUGUGGGGAAGACCAGGGGAACAUCCCGGACCCGGUCCCCGAAGAAGCCCAGGCCUGCGUCCAGGAAGUCACGCUCCGGCUCAGGUCACCGCUCUCGCUCCAGGGGUUGGACGCACUCCUCCAGCAGGUCCAGGAGUCGAUCCCGCAGCUCCAGCUCCUCGUCCAGGAGUCGUAGCAGAAGUCGGAGGAGACGUGGAAGAGGACGGUCGCGCUCCCGCAGCAGCACAUACAGAAGUUACAGGAGUCGGACGUACAGUAGAAGUCACUCCAGAAGUCGCUCCUACAAACGCCGUCGCAGAUCAAGGUCAGACACAUACUCCAGCCGGAGUCGGAGCGCGAGCAGGAGACGAGGGCGCAGACGAAGUGACAGCUACAGGAGUUCAGACCGUCGGUCCCGGUCGUACCGCACCUCCAGUCGCAGUUCUUCCAGGCGCAGAAGCCACAGUCGCAGCAGUCGAUACAGCUGAGCCUCGGCAGCUUGUUGGGGGAACAGAACCACAAAGUCUGGACACUGUGCACAACAACACACAAGCAACUAAAGCUACAAGAGGAGGAGUUGUACAGGACAUAAGCUGAGAUGACGGUUUUUCGUCUUGUUAUUGAAUGUAAAUAAACAAACCACUUUACAAGCUAAAACAAAGGCAGAUCCUAAAACAACUGGGUCAAACAUCAGAAAUGUUGAAGGUAAAAUAAUAUGAGAAAUAAGCUGUAGAUAUUUUAUAUGAUUGUAUAUUUGUCUAUUCCUUCUCUACUUCUGGUUUUCUACACUGUAUAGAUGUAAGUGUCUCAGCCUCAGGUGUCUGAGGGGUCGGGGGUUAUUGUUUGUGGUUCUGCCUUAAGUUCAGGGUCAACAGGACUGGAUUGUUUCUCUCAAACAAACUUUCUGUAGCAGUUUGAAGCUGUCAUUUAUCUUUGUUCCAUUAGUUGUAUUAAUGUACCAUGAAUGUUAAAACAACUCAGAAUUGAGUGUGACUGUCUUUGGUUUCAUUCAAACAGUUAUGAAUGUUCAUACUUAAUAAAUCCACCACAUCUCGUGA